GCCGACGUAACGUUGCAAGCGUUUUGUAGCGGGCGGCGGAGUUAGUGAGGAGCGGAGCGGGGCCUCGGGGGCCUCGCUAGGGCCAAAGCGGCCGGCAGUUGGGCCCCCCGCCCCGGCCGGCGGUCCGAGGAGUGCAGGAAGGGGGCCGGGGGGACCCGCCCCCGGCCGGCUGAAGUCAUGAACUCCAAUGUAGAGAAUUUGCCUCCCCACAUCAUCCGCCUAGUCUACAAGGAGGUGACAACACUGACAGCAGACCCACCUGAUGGCAUUAAAGUCUUUCCCAAUGAGGAGGAUCUCACGGACCUGCAGGUUACCAUCGAGGGCCCUGAAGGGACUCCUUAUGCUGGAGGUCUGUUCCGGAUGAAGCUCCUACUGGGGAAGGACUUCCCUGCAUCCCCGCCCAAGGGCUACUUCCUGACUAAAAUCUUCCACCCAAAUGUGGGCCCUAAUGGCGAGAUCUGUGUCAACGUGCUCAAGAGGGAUUGGACGGCUGAGUUGGGCAUACGGCAUGUGCUGCUGACCAUCAAGUGCCUGCUGAUCCACCCUAACCCAGAGUCUGCACUCAAUGAGGAGGCAGGCCGCUUGCUUUUGGAGAACUAUGAAGAGUAUGCUGCCCGGGCCCGUCUGCUCACAGAAAUUCAUGGGGGUGCAUGUAGCACCAGCAGCGGGAGGGCUGAGGCUACCCGGGACCUGGGCAGUGGGGCUUCAGCCUCCUCCACUGACCCUAUGACCCCAGGGGUUCUAGGAGGAGCUGAGGGUCCCAUGGCCAAGAAACAUGCAGGUGAGCGAGAUAAGAAGCUGGCAGCCAAGAAAAAGUUGGACAAGAAGCGAGCGCUGAGACGACUGUAGUGGGGCUCUUCUCUCUCCAUUCCUCCCUUCUUUUCUGUCCCCUCCCACUCUGUCUCUAAGUUAUUUAAAUUAUGGCUGGGGUGGGGGAGGGAGUUGGGGGGGCACCAGAACCUGGAUUUGGUUUUCUAAAUAAAAAGUUGGAAAAGCA